UUUCUCUCGUGAGUUUGCACAGUGCAGACAGCCCUGCCUCUUUCUGUGCUACGUCACAGCAGAGCUGAGCGGACUGAGCAGGACUACCCUGAUGCUGAAAGGAGGAAAGGAACACUUUAGUCUGCUCAUGUGGUACUGUGUGCUGCAUCUCAUCUGUGGAUCUCCUAUUGACAUCACAGAGCUCACCUCGCCAAAUAAGAGAUUAAGCUGAUAUAUCAAAGAUAUAAAGUCUUCCUCCUGCUUCUAAACUCUCUCACCUUUUGGACUGUUCUUCAUCUUCUUGCUCCUGUCACUCAUUCAGCUGUCACUCCGAGCGCUGCCUUCACAAGAUACAGCUGUGCCGUUUACACUGGAGGUCAAGUAGAUUUAAAGCUGGAUCUUAUCAACUGAGGACUCCAUCCAACAAACAACAAACUCAGCAAGAGGAUUUAUUUGAUUCUAGAGUUGUUCAGGACAACUGGAGGACCACUGAGCUAUUCAGCAUUAAUUUACUGGUGUAAACCAGUCUUAUUAUUAAUGUUAGUUUGGACGGGUUGCGAGGUAAACUUAAGACUUUGACUGCAGAUGUGGAUCAUCUGUGCUUGUGGAACAUUUUGACUGAUGAAUCAGAAAUCGUGUUAAUGAUUGUUUUUUCCCAGAGGUGCUGACAAAUGGAUACCUCAUCACUGCUGACUCACCACUGGUCCAAAGAUGCCAUGCUCCAGCUCCCUCAAGUUGGAGUUAAAGCUUUUAAAUUUGAUUCUGCCUGGCAAAACACAUCAUUGAUUGGAAGGAAUGGAAACAUGACGAAUGUCUCGCUUGCUUGAAUAGAUAUCGAAUCUCCAGUUUCCAUCAAAGGGAUGCUGAAUGUUUAUCUUGUGUGCUGCCAAGAAUGAUGCAAGAAGUAUCUGUCAUCUUUGGGUCAUCCCUUGAGAGCAGAACAUAUAUAUGCUCCCAAAUGCUGCCUCUCAUUUCUUCAGGAAGGGCCUUAGGAACUGCUUGAAACAUUUCCCCUUUUUUAAACCAAGGACAAACUCAUUGAUAGUUUUCGUCUUUGGUAUUUCACUUCCUUACUUUAUUUUGACCCCUCUGACCUUUUUUAUUUUUAAUCCGUGUUUGUUUGUUUUUUUCCAUUGGAAUGAAGUUACACUUACCAUGGGAUAACUAAACAUCAAACUAAGUGCUUUGCUUAAUCCCCCGUGCAACAUGGUUGUGACUCGUCUGGAGUUGGAGCUACGCUACCAAGGCAAGAAGUUACGUGGCGUGACCUGGAAGCUGACUCGAUCAGAACAUGGUUUCCUACCAGAGAGCUCUUGGCUCAUUGGGGCGCAGGUUAUCGUGCCAUACCUCAUAUCGGGACUUGGAAUGGUCUCCGCUGGUAUCGUUAUGGACCUUAUACAACACUGGGAGGUGUUUAAGGUGAUCACAGAAGUUUUCAUCCUGGUUCCAGCUCUGGUUGGACUCAAAGGAAACCUGGAGAUGACCUUGGCUGCUCGCCUCUCUACCGCCGCUAACACAGGCCAAAUGGAUGACCCUGACAAACAAUGGACCAUGGUGUGCAGCAAUCUGGCACUUAUUCAGGUCCAGGCCACAGUGGUAGGAUUCCUCGCCGCAGUGGCAGCAAUUUGUUUAGGGGCGAUUUCCAGAGGAGGCAUUGAACUGGAACAAGCAGCUGUCCUGUGCGCCAGCAGUAUCACCACCGCCUUUGUAGCUGCUCUGUCUUUAGGUCUGGUGAUGAUUGGAGUGAUCAUCGGCUCGAGGAAAGUGGGAAUCAACCCUGACAAUGUGGCCACCCCCAUUGCUGCGAGUCUGGGGGAUUUGAUCACCCUGUCCCUGCUGGCUGGGGUCAGCAGUGCGCUCUAUGAGUAUAAAGACAUAUGGUACCUGUCGCCUCUGGUGUGUCUGGUCUUCCUCUGUCUCAUCCCGGUCUGGGUAUUGGUGGCCCGACAAAGUCCUCAGAUCAGAGAGGUUCUCCGCUCAGGAUGGCAGCCUGUAAUAGUGGCCAUGUCCAUUAGCAGCUUUGGAGGCCUUAUACUGGACAAGACAGUGAGUGAUCCCAACUUCGAGGGUAUGGCUAUCUUCACUCCUGUCAUUAAUGGAGUGGGUGGCAACUUGGUAGCCAUCCAGGCCAGCAGGAUCUCUACCUAUCUGCACUUUUGGAGCAUCCCGGGGGUGCUACCCUACAAGAUGAGGCAGCACUGGCCCAAUCCCUGCAUCACCUUCUUCUCCUCAGGGGUCAACUCGAAGUCAGCACGGGUGCUGCUGAUGCUGGUUAUACCCGGUCACCUGGUCUUCCUUUACGCCAUCUCUCUGCUACAAGGAGAGGAGGCACCUAUCACCAUAGCCUUCACUGUCUGCUACCUGUGUGCUGCUCUGCUACAGGUGGCUAUCCUCCUUUAUGUUGCUGACCUAAUUGUCCGUUUGAUGUGGAGACGGAGUCUGGACCCUGACAACUUCUCCAUCCCGUACCUGACGGCCCUGGGAGACCUGCUAGGCACUGGUUUCCUGGCUCUCUGUUUCCGCUGCGUGUCAGUGGUUCAAAGCCUGGGUCUAUAAAUUGAGUUUUUUUUCCAUUAAGAACUGCCUGCCACCAUCGUAUUGAACCCGAUUUUGUUGCAUUAACAAAAAUGCUUUUGAUUGGACAAUAAAGCAUUUUUGGAUCUUUCCCACUGCGCCUGAGAAAUCCGUAUCUGUCACAAAUUCAAACCUUUACACUGAUGGGAGGUACAGCACUGGUGACAUCCACCCAAUUACAUCCAUCCAUCCAUCUGGAUAUGUUAUUCUGCUUGGACACAUCCACUUUAACCUCCUAAGACCCGAA